AUGACUACCACCACUGCAGCCGCAGCUUCAAGUAUCUUUGGGAUCCGGGUUCAAGAUCCUAGACCCGGAACCGGUAGGGUCCAAGCAAGAUUUGGCUUCAGUUUCGGGAAAAAGAAAGCUCCACCACCACCGCCAAAGAAAUCUAGGCAGGUCCAAGACGACGGAGACCGACUAGUUUGGUUUCCCGGCGCAAACCCCCCUGAAUGGCUAGACGGAUCGAUGAUCGGAGACCGCGGAUUCGAUCCUUUCGGUUUAGGUAAACCAGCUGAGUAUCUUCAGUACGAUUUCGACGGUCUUGACCAAAACCUUGCCAAGAACGUGGCUGGUGACAUCAUCGGGAUCAUCCAGGACUCGUCGGAGAUCAAACCGACGCCGUUUCAGCCGUACACCGAAGUAUUCGGGAUCCAACGGUUCAGAGAAUGCGAGCUGAUCCAUGGGAGGUGGGCCAUGCUUGGCACUCUAGGCGCCAUCGCCGUCGAAGCUCUCACCGGAAUUGCAUGGCAAGACGCCGGGAAGGUGGAAUUGGUGGAAGGUUCGUCGUAUUUGGGACAGCCAUUGCCGUUCUCGUUGACGACGUUAAUAUGGAUUGAGGUGUUAGUGGUUGGUUACAUCGAGUUCCAGCGUAACGCUGAGCUUGAUCCGGAGACACGUAUUUACCCGGGUGGGUAUUUUGACCCGUUGGGACUCGGGUCUGACCCAGAGAAGUUGGAUAACUUGAAGCUGGCGGAGAUAAAACACUCUCGUCUCGCUAUGGUCGCUUUUCUCAUCUUUGCUCUUCAGGCCGCCGUUACCGGAAAAGGCCCCAUCAGCUUCCUCGCUACCUUUACAAGUUAA